AUGAACGAUAGCACAAUGGCAAACAUUAAUACAGAAGUUAAUGGAACACCGGUUUUUGGCAAAUUGGAACAAUUCCAGCCCUCUAUGUCUUGGAAUAAUUAUAAAGAGAGGAUGGAGUUCUAUUUCGAGGCAAAUGGACUAAAAAAUGAAACACAGCAAAAAGCAAUAUUCCUAGCUUGUGUGGGUGAAACCACUUACGAGAUUAUUCGCUCAUUGCUUACACCAUUGGGUCCUAAAGAUGUCACAUUUCAAGAAAUUCUGGAUAAAUUGGAUGGACACUUCCAUCCAAAGCCUAACGAAAUUGUCCAAAGAUUUGCGUUUCACAAAAGAUGCCAAAAACCAGGAGAAUCGAUACCCGACUUCGUCAAAGAUUUACGCAAAUUGUCCGAACAUUGCAAUUUUGUAGAGUUGAAUAAUAUGUUGCGUGAUCAAAUCGUAUGUGGAGUAACAGAUGAGGCUUUACAAAAACGAUUGUUCAGUGAGACAAAACUCGAUUUUCAACGAGCUUAUGAGCUAGCUCUAGCACAUGAAACAGCUUUUAAAAAUGUAUCGGAUGUGCGUGGUUCAAGCAAUAACGAAGUUAUGGCUGUGUCGAAGCGGGCUCCAAACCAAAAUUUCACACAAUUUAGUAAAUGUUUUCGUUGUGAUGGACAUCAUCAACAAGAAAAAUGUUUUUUUAAAGACAAAAACUGUGAUUUUUGCCAUAGAAAAGGUCAUUCGAGCAGGGCUUGCUUUAAGAAGAAGGCAGGUACUAAGCAAAAGAACACGAGUCACGAAGUUCACGUAUUACAAGAAGAGGCAGCUGAGCCAUAUAAUUCACAAGACGAUGGCUAUUUUUACGAGAUAAACAAUGUCGACGAAGCACAAACGCGCAAGUUUAUCACCAAAUUAAUUAUAAAUGGAGCUAGCGAAGAGUUUGAAGUUGACUCUGGAGCAUCUUGUACAAUUAUAUCAGAUGUCACCUGGAAGCGUAUUAAAACAUCAAAUCAAGAAUUGAACACAUCAUCUCUUAUUCUUCAAACUUGGUCAAAAGAAAAACUUCAAGUUUUGGGAUCAUCUCGGGUGAAUGUUAAAUACAAUUCAAAAGAAUUUAAUUUGCUUGUUGUAGUUGUUUCAGGUGGCGGAAGGAGUUUGUUGGGUCGGGAUUGGUUUAAACCACUGGGAAUAUCAAUUAAAGGAGUACAUGUGAUGGAAGCAGGUGGAAGUUGGAAUGGGAUUUUAAACAAAUAUUCACAGGUGUUUCGACAGGAUUUAGGAGCGCAUGUUGGACAACCUGUUAAUAUUGAAUUGUUACCAGAGGUUAAACCAAUAUUCUUAAAACAUCGUCAGGUUCCUUUUGCCUUAAGAAAUCAAGUCGAGGCUGAGAUUGACAAGUUGGUGCAUCAAAAAAUUUUGGAGCCGGUGGAAUUUUCACGUUGGGCAACACCUAUCGUGCCAGUUCUUAAAAAAGAUGGAUCCAUGCGUAUAUGUGGAGAUUAUAGAAGUACAGUCAACAUGGUAAUCAAGUCGAAUGCAUAUCCACUACCAUUGUAUGGAGAAGUUAUGGCUGCAAUAUCUACUGGAAAGGUAUUUACGAAAUUGGAUCUUCAACAAGCCUAUCAACAGCUUAUUGUAGAUGAUGAAUCUGCCGAUGUACUGACCCUCAAUACCCACCGAGGGUUAUUUAAGGUAAGAAGACUUCCUUUUGGGGUGGCUGCUUCACCAGGUAUUUUCCAAAAAUUUAUGGAUAAUUUACUCCAGGGAAUAAAGGGUGUAAAAGCUUUUAUUGAUGAUAUAAUAAUAUCGGGGGAAGAUGAAGCUUCACAUAACACUAAUUUAGAACAAGUAUUAAAGAAAUUAGCUAAAGCAAAUAUCACUGUUCGUAAAUCUAAAUGCAUUUUCGGCAAAUCAGAAGUUGAUUUUCUUGGUUAUAAUAUUUCGGGUGAUGGUAUACGACCAAACAAAUCAAAAGUAGAUGCUAUUCAGAAUGCACCACUUCCUCAGAAUAAAGAAAUGCUGCAAUCUUUUUUAGGAAUGCUUAAUUUUUACAAUAAAUUUUUACCAAACAAGGCUACUGUGGCCGAAAAACUCCAUCGAUUGUUGGACAAAAACGUUAAAUGGUGCUGGACCAAAGAGCACUCGAUGGUUUUCACCGAGCUAAAAGACCUUUUAAAGUCCGACACAGUUCUAACGCACUACGAUGAAACUAAACUUUUAAUUCUGUCAUGUGAUGCCUCACCAUAUGGUGUGGGAGCAGUGUUGGCACAUCGAGACGUAGAUAAUAAUGAACGUCCUAUUGCAUUUGCUUCGCGUACUUUGGGGUCAAGUGAACGCAACUAUGCCCAAAUCGAUAAAGAAGGUUUGGCAAUUAUCUUCGGUGUUAAACAUUUUCACCAGUAUAUAGCGGGUAGACAAGUCCUGAUUAUAACCGAUCACAAACCAUUAUUAGGUAUUUUUAACAAACACAAACCUAUUCCGGUUAUGGUAUCACCACGGAUGUUGAGAUGGUGUCUUCUUUUAUCAGCUUACGAUUAUGAGUUAGAAUAUCGACCGGGUAAAUUGAACGCAAAUGCAGAUUGCCUGAGUAGAUUGCCUUUGGAGAGUUCUAAAGAUGCCCCAAGUGAACUGUCGGAUGUUUUAUUGCUAGAUGGGCCAAGUGAACCGUCUGAUGUUUUCUUGUUAGAAAAAUUAAAGGAUGCAUCAAUUCGAGCUGAAGAUGUGGCCCGCGAAACUGCCCGAGAUCCGGAAUAUAACAAAGUUAUGCGAUGGAUACUUCAUGGGUGGCCAUUAAAAAUAGAUAAGGAAUUUAAAUUUUUUUUCCAAAGAAGAACGGAAUUAUCCACACAUAAAGGUUGUAUCUUGUGGGGUACUCGUGUGGUUAUACCAGCCACACUACAAGCAAAUAUUUUAAAUUUACUACAUGCCAAUCACCCGGGAAUGAGUCUUAUGAAGGCCUUGGCACGAAGCUACGUUUGGUGGCCAAAAUUAAAUGAACAGAUUGAACAGGCGGUACGAGUUUGUACUCAAUGCCAAUUAAAUCGACCAAAUCCUCCAAGUGCUCCUCCACAGUUUAUUCGAGAAGAAACAAAUCCCUGGUCAACUCUACAUCUAGAUUUUGCAGGACCUUAUAAAGGCCACACAUUUUUAAUUGUCGUUGAUGCGAUGUCCAAAUGGCUUGAGGUGAAGAUAGUUGCAAAUCAGUCAAGUUUAGAAGUUAUAAGGAAGCUGCGAGAAAUUUUUGCGAUCCACGGGCUUCCCAAGAAAGUCAUAACGGAUAACGGUUCUGCAUUUGUCUCUGAAGAGUUGAAAACGUUUUAUAGAAACAAUGGAAUAAAAUUCAAUACAACAGCCCCUUAUCACCCUUCGAGUAAUGGCCAAGCCGAACGAAUGGUGCGGUAUACAAAGUCAUCACUUGCAACCUUAUCAGAAGGAGACCUACAUCUUAAACUACAGCGGUUUUUGUUCAAACAACAUACUACCCCGCACACAACAACCGGUAGAACCCCAGCAGAAUUAAUUAUGGGUAGAAAAUUAAGAACAAUGUUGGAUAUGUUACAUCCAGACAACAUCAAUUUAAAGGAGGAAACAAGAGAAAAGAGUUUCGUAACAGAAAAGGGAAGAACUUUUUACGUAGGAGAUGCAGUAUUUUUCAGAAAUUAUUCUGCUGGCCCAAAGUGGUUGAGGGGUAUUAUUUCGGAAAUAACAGGACCAGUGUCAUAUAUUGUAAGAACUUUGGAUGGUCGGAUAGCCAGGCGUCAUGUAGAUCAAAUUCGACAAGGAGUCGCAUCUCGAACUGAAAGUGAACUUCCAGUCGUAGUUGAAAAUGAACUUCCAGUCACUGAUCAAACUGAGGAUACCAAUCAUCCCGAACCAAUUCCACCUGUUUCACCUAAAGCAAAAACAAGAUCCCACACAUACCAAGAAGACUCACAAAUUCCAACCAAUACCAAUAACGACUCAACAUCAGAAGCAUCGUCGAAACCAGCUUCCCCAACUCACUCGGAAUCCUCACUAUCUGUUUCCAGUAACCAACAAGCAACGAGAUAUGGUAGAGUGAUAAGGCCGCCGUCUCGUUUAGGAUUCUAA